GAGUGCAGUUCCCGCAGUCUGACUCCAGCUCCCACGGCAGCGAGUUACCCCCUUCGCGCUCCCGCCAUCUCUCCCUUUCUCUCUCUCUCUCAUUCGCUCGUGUGCCUACCCCCCGUCCCCGUCCCCUCUCAUCGCUUCUCUUUCAUCUCCCAUCUUCUCUCUCUCUACCGAAGCGUCUCUGUGAACUCCCUCCAGUGCGAGAAAGGGAGAUAACGAGUCCCCAACAGUGAUAAGAAGCCGCUAAAAAUGAGGUACAAAAUCCUGAUAUUGUCAUCACUGCUGUUUCUCACUAUCCUGUUGCUGUCGAUCCCGGUGGUUCCUGAAAGAAUCCUGGGCAUCCGGUCUCCCGAAAUCACCUUGGAGAACUACUACCAUGACCUGAACACCAGCCUCUCAACCGCCAUUCCCGUCGACGUGAUCCACAUUAACGACUCCCAUAAGAUCCACAAGAGACAUAUUCCUCACAAGUUUUGGGCGCGAGUUCGACCCCAUAAUCGGUUCAGGAAGAAGAGGCGUCGAAGUCUCUCGGGAAAUCAGGAGAAAAACGUGGUGGAGGUUGAGGAAAGGAAAAUGGCGCCGAAGGUCGGGAAGGGAGCGGUUUGAAUGGCGAAGAAGGAAGGAGGACAACGGACAUUUUUUUUUUUUUUUUUUUUUCGUGUCCGUGUAGUUGCUGUGAUUUUUUUUUAUGAGAUUCUUGUUCGCUUCUGUUGUGAUUUUUAUGAGAUUCUGUGAGGGAGUUGUUCAUUAUGAUCGAUCACCAGCAUUUUGGGAACGUGUUGAGUUCCGUUUAUUUGAAUCAUAAUUUGUGAGAUUUAAAAAAAAAAUCUUUCUUUCUUUCUUUUUUUUACCUCUCGAACUGUUCAGUAUAUGGUCCUUUAUCAUCAAAAUUUAAUUCAGACUUGUUUUUGAAAACCAUUACUAUAUAAUUACCAACGCAAAUAUUUGUUGAAAAAUAAAUUCCUCAACCAACUGACUUUCGAACUAAUUAUCCGGAUUUUAAGUCUAUUCAGGGUGGACAUGAAUUCGAAAAAAUAACCACAAAAACAAGUACAGUAUACCUUCACUUUUUAUUUUGCGACUUCACGAGUCAAAUUAUGAUUUUAUUGUCCUAGUCAAUUAUAAACUGGCCUCCUGAGAUGAGAGAAUGCCAAGGGAAAGGGAUCCAAAAACCGUACUUAUUAUUAAACAUUUUAAUGCAUGUACACAGAGGAUAUAGUUUAUAUUUGGAAUUGUAGUCGGGUUGUCUUCAGUGCAAUUGAAGACGUAACGCGAGCGAAACAUGACAUAUUUUUUAUUUAUUUCUAUUUAUUUAAUUUGCCUUGAUAUGAAUAGGCCUACACAAUACGGGAACAAAAAAACGUGUUUGGAAAUGUAAGAAUAAAGUUAGGAAAUGGUGUUAGGGUUGAGUACGAAAGCAUUAUCUUCAGAACAAUGUGUUUCAACCCCUUAUUCUUUUUAAACUUUAUACACUCGCAGAAUGUGUCGAUAAGUCGACGUUUAACACUUCUGCGAAAUUAUUAAACUUAGGAGGGUAUUAAAAUGGCGGAAGAGGAGGUGACACCCGAAAAGUAUUUAGAAAAAAAAUGUAUGCAUAGAAAUAGAUUUUUUUCCCGUGCUUGGCAGUGUAAUAUGCGCCUAAUUUAAAAUAUGUUUGUACCAUUUAAAAGGUAUUAAAGUUCUACUGAAUU